AUGUAUAGAUCUGUUGAUGGAAAUUUAUUGCGUUUCAUCAAAAAUCCUGUUCAACUUUAUCGAACAAAAAGUGUCUGCACUCGACAGGAUUGUCCAAAACGUGAACGUAUUGUAACAACCACAGAUAUAGGUCUCGAGUAAGUAAUGAACGUCGUCAGUGGAAUAAUUGUAAAUUGAAUUAGUU